AUGCCUACAUAUUUGUGCCAUGGAUUCCGGUGGUACCGCAGAAACAUCCGCAUCUUUGUCAUUCUCAACAACCUCGACGACUGCGCACCAGACUGGAUUGUCGGACGAGACACUGCCGCCCUGCUGCUCAGCCAGCUUGCCGAGUCCUACGACUUUAUACCGAGACUAGAAAACGAGGACGGAACCGUCACACGACCCGACUCCGACACUACAACGCCGACCCAAGAAAAGCGGCUGCAGAUUUACGACGAUGACUUGGCUAUGCCGACGUCGAAGCUGUCUCCUGCAGAGGACAAUGUCCUCGUACACCAAUGGUCGCCGGUGAAGCUUCUGGAAGAAUAUGACAUGAAUGAAAUGGAACAUGCUGCACGGCCGUACGCCUAUCUUGCGGACCACGUCAUCCGUGUGGAUUUGGGCGCAGACAUUCUUGCCGAAAUGGCACAAUACGAGAAGACGAUGAAGGAGAGGAACGCAUCGUGGUUGGAAAGACUACGGGAACAAGUCCAGCCGGAAGAGCAACUGCGAUGGUAUGUGGUUGUCUGUGAUGACGGCGAUCGGGAGGCACCGGAGGAGGAUGUACACGCGUAUGAUGAGCCUGUGCCGACGGAAACGAUAGCACCGCCCCGAACACAGACACGAGUGAUGGAUGAGAGGAAUAAUCGACCUAGUUCCGGGAAUGCCUUGCGGAUAACGUCGCAGAAGAAGACGAGUGAAGCGCCGUUGCCGGCUUUUCUUGAGCAGGAUCCGUUCAAGUCGGAGGGCCAGCCGGCUCCGCGGUUGAAGAGGAAGUUGUCUAUACGGCGGUUAUUUUCUAAGAAGGAUUCAUAG